CGUAACUCAGAUGGAAUGAUCAAUGAUGUUUGCAGUUUCUUAAGCUUUCUAAACACCGUAAUUAUUCAUCAUUAUUUAAGCAACCGAUAUUAACACGUAUUCUUGCUCAACAAAUGGUGUACGAAAUUUUGAAUAGGUACUUAACCGAGGUUAAGCAAUAGAUAUGGCGGUGUCGAAGUAACGGAUGUGUGCUGUAAAAUGUCUGAUAAUAUCGAAAAGUUGUGUAAAGAGUACGACGAAAAUGUUUCCGAGCCCCGAACGAGAAACGUCGGGUUGUUCACGAUCCCUGAAUACCCGGAGUACGAGGCGCGCGGUAUGUGGUCAGCAGCGCUAGACGCGAUCCUCACCACACUGCGGUAUCUAGCGCCCGCCACGCUACUCACUCUCCUUUGGGGACAGCAGAGCUUCAUAUUCAAGAUAUUGAAAUAUAUCGACUCUGCUUUUAGAUCUCUGAUAUUCUCGAAUGAAGAACAGAAGCAGGCGGUGUUGCAAUGGGUGUCGGAGCAUGGGCCAGUUCGUGUAGAAGAGCUGGGUACGGUGUGGCAGCACGGCUGGGUGCUCUGCGGAGUUUUGGACUCCGCAUUACCCGGCGCCUGCGCAGGUCAUCCACCGACGCAACUCUCACUUAAGCACGCUCAAGCGAUCGCUGCACAGUACCUUGGAGUUGAACCGGUAUUUUCUCGCCAGGAGCUUGAAUCAAACGACAAUUUAAGCAAACACCAAGAAUGGAGAUUGACAACUUACUUAGAUUCUGUUCGUCAAGCUGUAACAAAAGUCACGCCAUCUGUUGUAAAGACCAAUUACCAAAAGCCAACUAAAGAUACAACUCAAUUCAUUCUUGACUACAUAGCAAGAGGUUCAGGUCUUUCAGCUGCCCAAAUAAAUCAUCCGAUGUAUUUUAAAAUUUAUCCAACUUCACAACAAACUUUAGAUCCAGGAGACAUAACAAUAGUAAUAAACGGACCGAAUGAUACAUGUGGCGUGAGAAUAUUGCCACCUAUUCUUGGAAAGGCGCAACAAAUAAGACAACAAUUGCUUGGUAUGCGAUCCCAGUCAGGUUAUACAGAGAAUAAACUGCCUCUACCCCAUGGAACGACUUAUUUAAGAAGUUAUGGAAAAAAUGACAUGACUAAAACCUUUCACAUACCGAAAACAAAUUAUGACAUUGAUAUUGAAGUGGUAUCUUCUCAAGAUCACGUUAAAAUUGGUUAUACGGCUAAGUUAGAAGGAAAACAUGAAAUUUAUAUCACCAGUAAAGGCUAUAAUAUUGUGGGAUCACCUUAUACUGUUACUGCUACUAAAAAUAUAUUAAAUUUAUUGGAAAAAGAUAGUUUUUCUCUAGAAGAUGGAGAAGAAAUAGAUAUAGUGGAUGUUAAAUCUGAUAGGAAAGUUGUAGUUAGAAUUGUUGAUUUUGUUACUGAAAAAAUGUUGCUAAAAGAUGACGGAGUAUUAGAAAAAAUCUCCGAAGACGAAGCCAAAUAUUUAAUGGAUAAAGAUACUAAAGUAGAAAAACCUUUAACUCCAGCUGCCCAAAUUACUAUUCCUGCAGUACAAUUUGACGAAACUAGCAUAAAAUCGACAAAAUUCAAUGAAGCUGCUAAUAAAAUUGUAAAAAUUAAUAAAGUAUGCAAAUUGUUUAAUGAGUUCAUUAGAGAAAAAGACGCAGUAUACAUUAAAGAAGAUAAUCUACAACCUAAAAAUCAACAAGACAUUCCAGAUGUCGUAAACUCAACACUUGGUGAAGGUACUGUUAAUGCAUUUCUAUUAUCAAACAAACGCGACAAAGUAAUUGUUCCUGAAAAUAUUUCGGUAUCAAUCUUAACAGAAAAAGUUAGUAACGCCGAAGACAAUUUCCUUGACGAUGUUGCUGAUAGCGGUCCAAUCGAUAAACACGAUAUCAAUUUGACCGACUUAAAAAUAUUACGUGAUGUCCCAUUUGAUGGUGAAAACGAAUCCAGAGAUACAUCAAGUAAUCCAUUUUUAAAUGACGCAAUUGUUCAAGACGAUAAAAUUGGAAAACUUUUAGGUACAUUUGUAACUUCAGAAUUUGAAACAAAUAAGAACCAAAACGAAGAAACACAAGACGCACCUAUAAAAAUUAUUUUUGAACACUCGAAUGAUGCGCCCUUGACUAAUGAAACAAAUCCUUUUAUCAAAGGUGAUAUUGUUAUAACAGAUCGACCUAAGUCUCCGAUAUUCAAAGAUAUUGCAAAUGAUUCUGAUUUCUUCGAUCUUCAAAGUGAUCAUUAUGAGAAUACAAGUGAGAAUGAAUUUGUUAAUCCUUUCUUCGCACACCAACACCUACCUAGUGGCAAUGAUAAAGAAAAAUUGCCCGUAGCUGAUUUCAUUAUAGGAGCUCCCGUAUCAUUACCUCCUGAAAUAAAAUCUUUAUCUCAAGAAACAAAUAUCGACUCUUUAAAUGGCUCUGAUAAAGUGACUAUUAAAAGAGAUACCGAAACGUGUGAUGAUGUAAAUCAGUCAUCCGAAGUCAAUCAGUCAUUUUGUUCUUCCUUUGAAAGAAAUUUCAACACUACAAAGGGUGAAUACCUAAAUAUUAAUUCUAAUGCAAACGAUACCAUCGAUAAUGGUAAUUUAUCACCUAAAAAAGAAAUGAGGGAUUCAGCGUACGUAAGCAUAGAUGAAAACAAUACUUUACCGGAUAGUAAUAACAAUGACAACACUGUCUUAAAAUGCACUGAAACUAAACAAAAACUUAUAAACGAUUACUUUUUAUCCAAUAUGGGGCCAGCCGAGCGAGAAAUAUGGGAAAACUGCACAGAAUUACAACAAAGCGAAGCAAACAAAUUGCACGAAGAAAUAAUGAAAGCCAACAGAAGGGAUUUAAAAAAGUCUAAUUUUACACCAAUUGUCGAAGAAAAUGAUAAAAUAAUUUCUUUGAGCAUGAAGGGUUUAAGAUCAGAAAACGAAGAACCUACUGAAACUGAUCCAGUAACACUAGCUUUUGCUGAAAUAAAUCUUCUCUAUAAUGACUACUUCCCAAAUUCUGAAAAUAAUUCUACACUAAACGAAGACCAUAAAAAUAUUGACAGGGAAGUUGACCAAAUUAGUGAAUAUCAAUAUGUCAAAUCUGCGUCUGAAUUCGAAUCAGAUGUGAUGAGACAUAAUAUACAAUCAGAAGGGGAGAUUUCUGAGAUUCAGGCAAAUGUAACUGAAUCAGUUUCAGUAAGUCAAACCCUUCAUGGCGACGAACCUAUAAAUAGCACAUCACCAAAUAACGAUUCUGUUAAAUUUGGUGAUAUUACAUAUUCAAACAUAGUACUUGAAAAGAAGAAAUACUGGGAUGAAAGGAUCCGACAGAUCGAAGCAAAUGAAGAAGAAACACGGAAACUACAAAGAAAGCGACGACCUUCUGCAAAACAGUUAAGACAUAACGACUCGCUAAGUAAACGGAAAGGAAAACAGAUUAUCAAAAAAUAUCUUAGCACUAACGAUAAACAAACUAUAGAGACUGAAAAUCAAACGCAAGUAAACCUUGAUAACCAAUCACAAAAUACCGAAAAUCACAAAGAAGCUAACACUCGAAGGGUAAAAAAUUGGAAAGCAUUUUGGGAUAGCAAAUUAGACGAUGAAAGCAAGGAAAUAAUUCAUAUAGAUUCUAGAGUAAAUUCACCUAUGCAGAAUGAAAUUUUAAAUCCAGUAGUCACACAAAAUCAUAAAGAUACCAAAGUGGAUAUCAAAACUCAAGCAAACAGUUAUAUCCAAAGUUCACCUGUGAAGCAAGAAAUACCAGAAGAAGUUUUUAAAGCAUUUGAAACAAGCCCUAAAAGAUUUUUCGGUACUUCUCGAAAACAGAUUCUCAGUAAGAUUGAUAGUUCUUUAGGAAAACCGACUUCAGUUAAAGAACCUUCGAUAGAUAAUAAUGAAGCGACAUGUGAGAGUGGUUUAGUGUCUAGUCGCAUUUCCUUGUUUCACACCAUAUCACAAACAGAAGAGUUAUCAUGGACACAACGAAAAAGCCAAUCAAUGCACAAUAUUUAUCAACGAAAAGACAGUGACUCGACUUUAAAGUCUAUAUGUAAAAUAGAAAGCGAAGAAAAAAUAAACAUAUCGGAAACUACAAAAGAAGAUAUAGAGCAAAGAAAAGAAAGUGUUAAAAAUAUUACACUAAAGGAGAAAAGAGCUCGAGUGACUGACAUAUUUUAUACUAAAAGCUUUGACGAAAGUAGUUAUCAUAAAUCAAUAGAAGACGAUUUCUCAGAUCACGAUUCCCACGUUAAAGAAACUGUUAAAACUAUGAAUAGUUCACUUCCUUGCAGUUCAGCUAAUAAUUCGAAAAAUACUCAUCAAAUGUCCAGUAGUAAAUCAGAAAUGGAUAUCUUUAAUAAACUAUCAAACAAAUCAAUUGAUGAGGAUUUUGAUAAAUAUAAAUCAUACGAUGAAUUACCGAAAGUAAGUGUUAAAAAUUUUAUAUCGUUGUAUGAAGACGUCACAAAGACUGCAGAAGCAAGUUCGACAACAUUACGAAAAAGUCCUGGAAGUUCUGAUAAGCGUAGCAAGUCUGCGUGCUUAAUAUCUGAAACAGCUGCACCAAUCGAUCGAAUUAUCACUUCAACGCCUAUUGGAAAAUCAUUUAAUGAGGAAGCUUCCAGAGUAAAUUCUAAAGAAUCUGCUACAAAUAAAGUCAGAGAAGAUUCUAGGAGUAAUAGUAUUACUAAUGAAUCUAAUGGAAGUCCUGUUGGAAAUGUUGAUAAGAAAUCAACUUAUAUUAGUUUACCAGACAUAGAUUUAGAAAUUGUUGAGAAGUCUUCGGAGGAAUCAAGCGAAAUUUCGCCAGAGAGGGAAAUCGAAAACUCAUCAACCGAUUAUAAAUCUCGAUUCAAAUUAGCAAAACAAUAUUUUCAAUCUCUCGAAGAGCUCAGAGAAGUUAAAAAGCCUAAAAAACUGAACGAAUGCGAAUUACUAUUGUAUAAUAAGUCAAACGAAUCUCUUAUAGAUAACGAACAAAAUAAACCAAACGAAAAAAAGAAGAUAAAAUCGCAUACGAUGCCAUCGUCAGAAAUUACUAAAUUUUGGAAUCAACUACAUGAAGAAAACAACGAAAAUAGAGAUAAUAAAUUUAUGAAGAUAUCAGAAAAGUUCCACGUUGAAGAUUUCUUCACGGACGUUAUGGAAGGGAGGUUAAGCAGGCAAGGUAGUUUGAGAGGGAUUCCCCACAAGAAAGCAGUAUUAGAAGCAUUCAGAUCGAUGGAAAACAUUUCUGAUAGUAAUUUAAGUCCUUACGAGCUUGCUGUGUCUCAAUUUAAUGAUUUUAAUGAAGAUACUAGGAAAAAGAAUGCACAGACAUAUCUUAAUGAAUAUCCAUACUUACCUACGACAGAUCCGUCCAAUUUUCAUUCCAGAUUAGAUGUUCAGGCAUCUGGUUUAAUACCAUUUAAAGAACUCAAAAGGGUUCGAAGAAAUAGUGUACCAGAUUUAAGAUUAAAUCCAUCUUUUACUGUCGACUUGUAAAAUCUUUUUAGUUUAAAAAAUUUAUACUUUUUCCUUUUCGUAAUUUUUCUACUUCUCUUCUUGAUCUUUCUAGAACUUAAUGUUUUUGUCUAUUGUAGAAUAUAUUUAAGCUUUUUGUUUUACUUUUAAUAUUGACGCAAUAUGUAAAGUUUAAUAAGUGACUAAAAUUAUUUGGUGAUUUUUUCGUUUUAUAUUUUUGUUAAGUUUUUUGUACAAUUGUAAAGAUGUUGAAUCUAAUAACUAUAAUGUAAGGACAUAAGAAUAA